GACUUAAAGGAUGAUACAAAAAUACAAGAUGGCCACCAAAACAAACGCAGGUGGCGAAGAAGGACCGCAUGUUAUAUCGGCCAAAACAUCAACAACUAAGCAUUACACUAGUAAAAAGGCUAGAACAGGUCACCAAAUCCCAGAAGAGAUUUUAAACAACAAAGAUAUUAAUGAUGCUAUAUUGCAGCUUCCCAGUAACUACAAUUUUGAAAUUCACAAGACAUUAUGGAGAAUUAAAUCACUUGAAGCCAAAAGAGUGGCUCUUCAGUUUCCUGAAGGAUUGUUGAUAUUUGCAUGUACCAUAGCAGAUAUCAUUGAAAGAUUCACAGAUGCUGAAACGUUAAUCAUGGGUGAUGUAACGUAUGGUGCUUGCUGUGUGGAUGACUUCACAGCGAGAGCUUUGGAUGCAGAUAUGAUGGUUCACUAUGGACACAGUUGCCUCAUUCCAAUAAAUGCAACCGAGUCCAUAAAUAUGUUGUAUGUAUUUGUGGAUAUUAAAAUUGACACAAUUCACUUUAUUGAAACUAUCCAGUUGAACUUCAAAGUUGGCACCUCCUUAGCCUUUGUUAGUACAAUUCAAUUUGUUGCUGCUCUACAAGCUUCCUGUUCUCAAUUGAAAGACAAGUACAAGAUCCAAGUUCCACAGAGCAAGCCAUUAUCACCUGGAGAAAUCCUAGGAUGCACUGCUGCUCAACUCCAGGAAGUGGAUGCUGUUAUAUACCUUGGUGAUGGACGAUUCCAUUUAGAAGCCAUUAUGAUAGCUAAUCCUAGUAUCAAGGCAUACAGAUAUGAUCCUUACAGUAAGGUGUUCUCACAAGAAUAUUAUGAAACAGAACGGAUGCAUAGUAUACGUCAGUCAGCCAUUGCUAAAGCCAGAAAUGCAAAGAAAUUUGGGCUCAUUCUGGGCACACUAGGCAGACAGGGUGCUCCAAAGGUUUUACAGCAUCUGGAAGAAAGAAUAAAAUCAUGUGGUUUGGAACACAUCCUUGUUCUUUUAUCUGAAAUUUUUCCUGACAAGUUGAAAUUAUUUAAAGAUGUUGAUGCAUGGGUGCAAGUAGCAUGUCCACGAUUGUCAAUUGAUUGGGGCUUUGCGUUUGAUAAACCACUUCUUACGCCUUACGAAGCUUCAGUUGUUCUCAAAGACGUUGAAUGGCAGGAGACCUACCCAAUGGACUACUAUAGUAAUUCAGGUCUUGGUGCAUGGACUGUUAAUAAUGAAGCUCAUAGACCUGCUAGGCCAGCCAGAAAAACUAAGAAAACAACAGUACGUGUAACAUCAUCACCUCAAGAAUGUGGUGGUACUAACCAACAAAACUCUGAUUCAUGUUGCAAGGUGAACAGUGAUGUUGUAAAGUGAAGUCAUGUUCUAUAAGCAAUCAUGAUGUACAUGUAUAGCAAAAAAAAAACAAAACAAAAAACCACUACAUUACCAUUAAAAAGGUGAAACAAACAUUUUAAAAUGUUAAUUUUAUUAAUUUUGACAUAAAUAUUAAAUAUACAUUCAA